AUGGCGAACCGUACGUAUACAACUGAGAAGCUCUCGAGUGGAAUAGAGACUGACAAUAUCGCAGAGAACAACACCACGAACAAUUUCUUCGCCAAUUUGGCUUUCCGCCCUGGGCCUGGCCAGCCUAACAACAAUCUCACCGCCGCCGCCGCCACCACCACCACCACCAACACCAUGACGCUGGCGUUUCGGCCGCGGGUCGGGGCUGGCAACCCCUUCACCACCACCACCACCACCACCACCACCACCACCACCAUCCCUGCCGCUGGAGGGGAUGCCGGCGCCUCGGCCGGCGAGGAAGACGAGGAGAUGAGGAGGGAGAGGGAGAGGGAGGUGGAGGAGGAGAACGGGGGCGGAGGGGAGCAAGAGGGGGAGUUUGAGGAGAUGUUGGCUCGCCUGGACAGGGAGUUGGAGGAGGAGAGGGUGGGGCAGAGGGAGGUGGCAAGGGUGGAGACGCCGUGGGUGUGGGGGGAGGUGCGUGGAAACACCACCUUCCGCCCCACCCCGUCUCGCGCGGAGAGGAGGGAGAGGGAGCAGGAGGAGCUGGCGGGUGGCCGGGCUGCGCGGCGCGCCUGGUACGCCUCGCUCUCGUUCGCAGAGCGACGAGAGCGGCAGCAGCAGCACCGCCGCCGCAAGGCCAUCUCGCGGUGGGGUGCAGCGAGCGGAUAG